AUGUCAUCGACAAAACGCAAGGCCCUCACCACGGAUGAGGGCAACAAGAAGGCCAGGACGGGUGGCAACGCAAGCAUCACGUCCUUCUUUGGCGUCCCGAAGCCGGUUGCUGCUGUUACUAAUGGCACUGCGAAGGGAUUAGCUGCCGCUACCGCACCCGAGGCAACAUCAGUCCUCAAGUUCGACAAGACGAAAUGGGUAGAAGGCCUGACGGAAGAGCAGAAGCAGCUUCUGAAGCUGGAGAUCGAGACACUGGACGACAGCUGGCUGGCUCAUCUUAAGGACGACGUCAAAAGCAAAGAUUUCUUGGAGCUUAAGAAAUUUCUGGCCCGCGAAGAAAAGGCGGGAAAGAAGGUGUUCCCGCCAAAGGAGGAUGUCUAUUCUUGGUCACGACACACCCCAUUCCACACAGUAAAAGUCGUCAUCGUCGGCCAAGACCCCUACCACAACCACAACCAAGCCCACGGCCUCGCUUUCUCGGUCCGCCCACCGACGCCCGCGCCUCCCUCCCUUCGCAACAUGUACAUUGCCCUGAAAAAAGACUACCCUACCUUCACACCGCCGGCUAAGAAUGGUGGCUUGCUCACACCGUGGGCCGACCGCGGCGUCCUCAUGCUCAACACGUGCCUGACGGUGCGUGCACACGAGGCCAACAGCCACUCGAACCGCGGCUGGGAGAAGUUCACGCAGCGCGUCAUUGACCUCGUGGCUUCCAAGCGCACCAGAGGUGUCGUCUUCAUGGCGUGGGGCACGCCCGCAGGGAAGAGGGUUAUCAAAGUUGACUCAAAGAGGCACUUGGUACUUAAGGCAGUGCAUCCCAGUCCGUUGAGCGCAGCCAGGGGUUUCUUUGACUGUGGUCACUUCAAGAAAGCGAAUGAGUGGUUGGUUACAAGGUAUGGGGAGGGGAGCGAGAUUGAGUGGGAUUUGAACCCAGCGGCGACACCACCGUCUAUGAAAAAGGAGGUAGAGAAAGAGGUAGAGAAGGAGAAGGAGAAGAAGACGAAGGAUGACGUCCCGCCCGCGACUGUUGCGAUAAGCAAGGAUGGCGUCGAGGAGAAGAGCGUAAUACUGGAGAAGGAGAGAGAGGCGGGCAAAGCUGGUGUCGCUGUCGAGGAUAAGAACGCUACCGAUUCAGAGGAAGAAGAUGAGGAGGACUCGACGGAAAAUGACAAGCUUUUCCAGUCGUUUGUCUCGGAAAACUACUAG